AGGACACUUCUUUUGCCUGUACAAUGAUAUUGUCUCACCCAAGUCACUCCUUCGUUUGAUAUCUUCCGACAAGUAUGGCAAGACUCGGUCGGGGAGGGUUUCUGGCCCUUGCCGUCGUCUUCCAUCUAGUGUACAUCUACUCCAUCUUCGACAUUUACUUUGUCAGUCCUAUCGUCCAUGGAAUGAGACCAUAUCGAGUCGAAUUAGACCGUGCUCCUGCGAAAAGACUUGUUCUCUAUGUUGGCGAUGGCUUACGUGCCGACAAAGCCUUCCAGUCCUUUCCUGACCCGUCUCCUCCAGAUCCUGCCAAUGCCGAUUUAACCCCCCGCCCUCUUGCGCCGUUCCUGCGAUCACGAGUGCUGGAAUACGGCACCUUCGGCGUUUCUCACACACGAGUACCUACGGAGUCUCGACCAGGUCAUGUCGCCCUCAUAGCCGGACUUUACGAAGAUGUCUCCGCAGUCACUACGGGCUGGAAAUUAAACCCGGUCGACUUUGACAGUGUCUUCAAUCGAAGUCGGCAUACUUGGAGCUGGGGUAGUCCGGACAUUCUUCCCAUGUUCAAAGAGGGAGCGGUACCGGGAAGGGUCGAUGCGGACCAGUAUGGUGCAGAGUUUGAGGACUAUACACAAGAUGCAACAAUGUUGGAUACCUGGGUAUUUGACAAAGUCAAGGAUCUCUUCCGCUCUGCCCGCACAAACUCGACUCUUGAUGCCGAGCUCCGCAAGGACAAGCUGAUCUUCUUCCUCCAUCUGCUCGGGUUGGACACUACUGGACACUCAUACCGUCCCUAUUCGAGAGAGUAUUUGCACAACAUCAAGGUGGUGGACCAGGGAGUCCAGGAGAUCACAAAAUUGAUAGACGACUUCUAUGGCGAUGGAGAAACUGCGUACGUCUUCACCGCUGAUCAUGGAAUGAGUGACUGGGGAAGCCAUGGUGAUGGUCAUCCUGACAACACGAGGACGCCUUUGGUGGUGUGGGGUGCGGGCGUUGCUCGACCUGAUAUCUAUCAUGAGGCCAAAGCGCCUGGUCACGAAGAUGGCUUCUCUUUUGAUUGGGGAUUGGAUCACAUCCGGCGACACGACGUCGGUCAAGCAGACGUUGCAGCCUUGAUGGCAUACCUUGCUGGAUUGGAGUUCCCGGUCAAUUCCGUGGGUAGGCUACCCUUGACCUAUCUCGCAGCUCAUUCCCAGCAAAAAGCCAACGCAGCGCUGGUUAACGCCAAGCAAGUCCUGGAGAUGUACCGUGUGAAGGAGGAGCAGAAGAGAGCGACAUCGCUCAACUUCCGACCAUAUCCCGCCUUCUCGAAGACCAAUGCCUCUAUCGCAGAUCGGCUUUCUGCUGUCGAGACAGCUAUAUCCCAAGGUCGACACGAGGAUGCAGUUGAGCUGUCUUCGAGCCUUUUCAGUGAUGGUCUCCAGGGUUUGCGGUAUUUGCAGACUUAUGAUUGGCUCUUUCUGCGGGCUCUGAUUACCAUGGGCUAUCUAGGCUGGAUUGGUUAUGCUGCAACGACUGUCAUCGAUUUGCACGUGCUCCAUGGAGCAGUUUCUGACGACAGGACGAUCGGUACCACUAUGGCAUUUUCUUCCACCCUGGUGUUAUUAUUCUCCUUCUUCAUUAUUGAACGAUCACCUGCCACCUACUACGCCUAUGCUUUGUUCCCCGUAUUCUUCUGGGAAGAGAUUUUUGCCAGAAGAAAGGCAUUUAUUUCCGGAUUCAGAGUUCUCUUCUAUCAUGUUCAAGGAGUUUCGGCCUAUUCACUACUCUUUAUACAAACCGUCCUAUACCUGAUUAUCAUUGAAGGAUUGGUACAAUCAUACUUCCAUCGUACGAUACUCAGUGUCUGCUAUGCUUUUGGCGCAACCUUCCCCCUUCGAUACGGUGCUGAGUUUGUCAAGAAGAACAAGAUUCUUGUACUAUCAUGGGCAGCUGGCUGCCUUGUCUUAAGUACAUUUACCCUCUUACCAGCCAUCAAAGUCGAAGAUGCAAACACCAUUACAGCAGGUGGGCUUCUCAUGCUUGGGGCAGGUCUCGCUUAUCUCUACUACGAGCACGACAUUCAUGCCCAGUCCACAUCGCGAACCGCGGACUCCCAGCCUAAUGUCAUAUCUCGGAUGAUCAUGGGUCUUCAGCUUGGAAUCAUCCUCCUUACCAUUAUCGUAACCCGUUCAAGCGUGGCAUCGUUGCAAGCAAAGAACGGUCUGCCUCUCGGCAACCAGGCGGUCGGCUGGUUCGUCCUUCUGGCAUCGAUUAUUCUACCAUUUGUCCAUCGGAUCUCGCCAAACAAGCAUUACCUUCAUCGCUUAGUCAUUAUUUUUCUCACAUUCUCACCGACGUUCAUCCUCCUCACGAUCUCGUACGAAGGUCUGUUUUAUUUCGCCUUCUGCUUCACGCUACUAGCAUGGGUCCGGCUGGAACAUGCUAUACAAGUACACGAUGCAUCUCAAACUGGGACUGCCACCUCUCCAUCAGCGAAUGGAGUAACAAUUACGUCUACGCCAUCCUCUCAACCCGCGAACCUGUAUCCAGAGAAGACAUUCCGCACGCUCGCGCUAACCGAUCUUCGGCGGGCACUUUUCUUCCUUUUCUUCCUCCAGUCCGCUUUCUUCUCUACUGGGAACAUCGCUUCGGUAUCCAGCUUUAGUCUGGACGCGGUCUACCGGCUCAUUCCCAUCUUUGAUCCGUUUUCUCAGGGAGCACUCCUCCUAUUCAAGAUUAUGGUCCCCUUCGCUCUUAUCUCCGCAGCCCUCGGCAUAUUGAACCGACGCCUUGGACUCCAAUCAUCGGCAUUAUUCAUGGUUGUCAUGGCAUUGAGCGAUCUGAUGACCUUGAACUUCUUCUGGAUGGUCAAAGACGAAGGAAGCUGGUUGGAGAUUGGCACGACGAUCAGCCAUUUUGUGAUUGGAAGUGUCCUAUGCGUCUUCGUAGCAGGACUGGAAGGAGUGAGCCACGCAUUGAUCAGUGGUGUGGAAGUGGAUGCUUUCGAGGAUCGGGUCAGGGAGAAUGGUGGUUUGGAGACAGUAAAGGGCAAUCAGGUGGAAAGUAAUGGCAUUGCCAAAGGGACCGUUAGAGCAGCUAUAGACGAGAGGCCGGUGAUUGAAUAGAUCAUCGUGGAAGAUAAGAAGCCUUAUUGUCGAAUCUGCCCAACUGGGAAAUGUACAGAAUGUUUGUGUGUAGUUACCUACGAAAUGGCUUAGAUACAUACCUUAUCCAAGGCAAGAUCUCGACGCCCUAUAAAGCCCAGGAUCAUGAACAAUUUGAAUGAUUGGC